AAUUUCACGGGUCUUUGUAUAUACUUGGCCUUUCGCCAUGAGUGAGGGAAGUUAUUCAAAAUUAACAUUUAAGUUGUAUUAAGACAUGCGCCUACCUCAGAACUAACAUCAAAAAAAUAUUCGAUCCUUUUUGAGAGCAGAAUCUGGCUUUAAAAUUUAUUGCUCAUAAUAACACCCAAGCACAUCCAGGGAAAGCAUAUUGAAUAGAUGUUAAUUGUUAGCGAUUUGAUUCAAGCUCGGGAACGCAGCAAAUGGGCAAGAAAAAUGAAUUCACAUUUAAAAAGUUUUGGAAAAGAAAAAGUCAAAAUCUUAAAUUUAUUGGCGCACUUCUGGUUCUUGUUCACACUGAACUGAGUCUUUUCUACAAGAAAAGUAGUGCAACGCCACAUAGGGGAAACCUUCUAUUCACUGUAUUUAAACUGCUAUUUAAAGGCCUGAGGUAUCUCGCCAUAGCUGUUCCAAGUUCCGGAGUAAUUUGUUCCCUGCUAGUGUUCCGAGUGAAGUGUUCUUGCAUAUCGAUUUUAAAUUGUUUUCACGGGAUUUUCUUCCUUUCAGAUCACCUAGUAUGAAGCUGACUUUAACAAGUCCCUAUCUGAUUUUAUUACCAUUGAUUUGUGUACAUGGAUUUAUCAUGGAAGAUUCAGACCAAGAUGUUCCUGUGGGAGGGCUGAAACCUGGCUGUGAAGUGAAAUUUGAGAAAGUUGGAUGCUUUAAAGACAAAGUUGACAUACGGGCUCUUCCUGAAUUAAUCUUCCACCAAAGAUACAGUAUCAGUUGGGAUCUUGGUAAAUGGGGAGAUUAUUUAAAACAGCUGGCUUGCAAAUGUGCCAAAGGAACGGAAGACAGAGGUUACAGUCAUUUCGGUCUUCAGUUCUAUGCUGAAUGCUGGACGGGUCUCAAGGCUGCUGCAAGGUUUGAUAUCUACGGCAAGUCAAAGGACUGUAAGGAUGGUCGCUUCUUAAAAUGUAAUGACGGAGAUAAAGGAGAGUGCGUCGGUGGAGGUCACGCCAACUACAUUUACCGUAUUAUACCUACAGAAGGCGGAAGUGGAGUAGAACCCAUACUUGAUUGAAAGUCUAUGCGCACUUAAACACCGAAAAAGUUAAUAAUAAAUGAGUAUUUCAGAAUACG